AAUAUAUUUAAAAUUAUAAACAAUUAAAAAAAAACAAUAUGCCAUUAAUUAUUUGUUAACGCAACUUAUUAGAGAAAAAGCGAUUGUUGUUGAGAUUUCUGCAGUUUUUCAACGAAUUCUCCAGAAAAUUAGAAGAAUGGAAGGGUGGAAAAAAGCUAUGAAUGAUAUUAUUUCGAAAGCCAGCGACUUCGUUUCUCUUGAUGAAAGUUUUUCCAAAUGGAGAAAUAAUAAAGAUAUAAAUGAAUUGAAUCUUGAAGAUUGCGCUAGAGAUUUGGUAAAAGUGAUACGCUUGCUGCUUACAAAGUUCUCAAAUAAAGGAGCUUCGAAAAAUACCAAAGAAAAGGGUGAAGAUAUUUCGGAUUGUUCUCUUCGCAUAAAGUUAGAAGAAUAUGAAAAUCAUUGCUUCAAACUUGAUGCAUUCGUUCAUAAAUUAAAAGAUAAAUCCUUACAUCACAGUACCUACUUAAAGGAAUGCGUUGAUUCUUUGGUCGAAUUGGUUAAUGAAAAUGAUAUGUUUUUGGAGAACGUUGUUCGAAAAUGCAAUGAAAUGAAACGAGAUAAAGAGGAGACUCUGUACAAAUUUAAAAAAAUGGAAGAACUUUAUGGUUUUACCAUGGAGAAGUUAUCUGCUUUGUUUGAUAAUUUAAAUGGAUUAUGCAACAAACUGGCAGAUUUUCAAGGGAUAGACAUCACAAAAGAAAAACCCUUAUUUAGCAAUGAAGAAGAUCAGUUGCAAAAACUUUCUUUAGUUGACGAAGAUCUGAUGGACGAGAACGAUGUGACAAAAGCUUAAACCUUGAGGCUUUACGAAAUACUAUUUAAAUUUUUGAUUAUUUUCUUACAAAAUUAGCAUGUCACAUGCAAGAA